AGAGGGCGAGCACCGCAGACGGACGGAUUUCUUUUUUCUUUAUUUUUUCCUCCCCAGCAUCCGCCCCGUCGGGGCUAAGCUGCUUGGAAGGUCACGGCCGAGGCAUCGCUUGGGGUCAAGGGGGAAAAGGGCAGCGCCACUGCCUCUCCCGCUCCGGAGCGGCACAUUGUUGCAACUGGAAGCGAGAAGACUGCCAAGCUUCCUCGGAGGAGUGAAGCGAGAGGCGGGGAAAGAAGCGCCGGAGACAAAGGGGAAGCAACUCUCCGAGCCCUGCACUCCCCGCCUGGCUGUUCCUUCUGCGAUCGCUGUCCCGAGCAGCGCUGCCUUUGCGCACCGCCGCGGGGGAUCCGUAGGAUCGAGCGCGCGGCUGGAGGCUGCGGGGUAGCCCAGGCAGCGGGGUAGCUGCUGCGAGCCACCUCGGGGGGCCCGGCUCGUGCGCGCUCCGAGAGGCCUGCAGCGGCUGAAGCAGGCAGGCGGAUCCGGCGAUUCUUGCUCUCGCCUCGCCCUGUCAUUGAUGGGAAAUCAACUGGAUCGCAUCACGCACCUGAAUUACAGCGAGCUGCCGACCGGGGACCCCUCUGGCAUCGAGAAGGACGAGCUGCGCGUCGGGGUGGCUUACUUCUUCUCGGAUGAGGAAGAGGACCUGGACGAGCGAGGAGGGCAGCCGGACAAGUACAGCGUGAAAGGCUCCAGCAGCCCCGUCCAAGAGACCCCCACCCACCACCAUCAUCCCCACCACCACCAUCACCACCACCACCCUCCGCAGCUGGUGCUGAGCGAGACCCAGUUCUCCGCCUUCCGCGGCCAGGAAUGCAUCUUCUCCAAGGUGAGCGGAGACCCCCAGGCUGGGGAUUUGAGCGUCUACCCGGUGGCGGCCCUGCCUGCCUUGUGCAAGCCGGGCGACCUGCUGGAGCUGCUGUACCUGGGGCCGUCCGACCACCCUCCUCCUCCGCCACACUGGGCAGUCUAUGUGGGCAGCGGGCAGAUCAUCCACUUGCACCAGGGCCAGAUUCGCCAGGACAGCUUGUACGAGGCGGCCGCUGGCAACGUGGGCCGGGUGGUGAGUAGCUGGUACCGCUACCGCCCCUUGGUGGCGGAGCUGGUGGUGCAGAACGCCUGCGGCCACCUGGGCUUAAAGAGCCACGAGAUCUGCUGGACGAACUCGGAGAGCUUCGCCGCCUGGUGCCGCUUCGGCAAACGGGAGUUCAAAGCCGGCGGCGAGCUCCAGCCGCCCUCGGGCUCCCAGCCCCGGGAGCAGCAGUACUAUCUCAAGAUCCACCUGGCCGACAACCAGGUGCACACGUUGCGCUUCCAGAGCCUCGAGGACCUAAUCAGGGAGAAGCGCAGGAUCGACGCCAGCGGCAAACUGAGAGUGAUCAAAGAGCUGGCCAUCGUGGAUGGCAAAGAGUGAAAAGGGGGCGCCUGGGUGGGUGGGGGUCACAGCAGGGAGAGGCCAGCUUUGGUCCGGCCGGCGUGCCCCACCCGGACUCGUCCCCCCGCCACGUGGGUGGCCGCCCUCUUUCUCUCUCGCUCUCCCCCGCCCCACUUUCCCUUUCCGUUCUGUUCCAUCGAGGGGAAAAACCAUGGCAACAUUCCAAGCGAAACCAGCGCCGCUCCUCCUCUCAUUGGCCAGUGCUCGGUUCGCCUCCGACUAACACGAUCACACUAGUGAUAUCUAUCGAAGACGAGGAUGCGGGCGGCGGAAAAGCGGGCGGGGGGGUGGGAGGGAGGAGCGAUGCAGUUAGCAAAAGUAUGCGGACAAAGUCACUCCUGGCUAUCGAUGUUGAUCGUAGCUCCCAGCGUGCUUAAUAAAAUUUCAAAUUGAUUUUUCUCCCCCUUUUUUAAAAAAAGCGUUCAUGACUUUAAUCCAUAAGAAGAGUGGCUGAGAUUUUUUAUAUAUAUACUUAUUUUAUUAUUGAUAAGCAAAUCCUUGGUUAUCUUAGCUGAUUUCUUAGGGUUUGAUGGUUGACUCAAGGUGUGUGUGUGGUUUUUCCCUCCAAGGUGAUUUAACAGCGGUUCUGGGCAUGGUGCGUUUACUCAGGAGUAAACCCCCAUUGAGCUCACUGGGAUUUGCUCUGAAGUGUGCAUAGUCUCAUUGAACACAGUGGGACUUACUUCUGAGUAAGCAUAUGCAAAUAUGCACUGUAUGGCUGUCAUCCUAUGCUCAAAUCAUCUUUGACUAAGCCCGGGUUCAAACUCAGUGGGACUUUCUAUUUAACCUUUGUUCAACCCUCUUUAACACCAUCAACCACCCUAUAGUUACUGGUGUUUUGCUUUUAAAGGGGGGGCAGGUAAUUCUACCCUUCCUUUCCUGCUUUUAGUGGAUGCUCAUGGGUGAAGUAGAGAUUCUAAUUUGUGUUAAUGACUGUGAGAGUACAGAGCCAAGUGGUGGUAUUUACUCCAGUUUAAUUAGUAUGAUCUUCAAGGGUGUCAUUCUGUGUCGGAUUAUUGGACCAAGCAGGGAAGGAGCGAGGGUGGAGUUUCAUGCUGAACGCUGUAGUUCUUCCUUGGUGGCCAGCCAUACAACCAGUGCUACAAUUACAGGGAAGGAAGAGGAGCAGAGAGAAACCAGCUCAAUGUCUUUACCUUUUUAGGAUCCACCCCAUUCCACUUACUGGUUUGAAGAGGCUGUGGGAGGAUGCUUUAAUGAAAAAUGAGGCUAUUAUUGUUUCUUUAUUGCCCACAAGGAGCUCAAAGUGUGAGCGAUUCCCUCCCUCCUCCAUUAACCUCCACAACGACUCUGAGAUUGGUUAGGCUGAGAGACAGUGACUGGCCCAAGGUCAUCUAGUGAGUGGGGAUUUGAACCCUGUUCUCCCAGAUCCCAGUCCAAUGCUCUGGCCAGUGCACCACACUGGCUCUCAAUGGUCUGCCUUCAGGAAUGGAGACAAGGUGUCUCAGAAUACCAGAUGCUGGUAACUGUAAGUUGAGAGGGCGCUACUGUGGUCAUGUUGACAUCCCAUAUGCUUCUGACUGGCCAUUGUAAGAACAGAUAUCUGGAUUAGAUGAGCUUUUGGCUCAAUCCAGUGGGGUCAUUUUUAUGUUCUGAUUCAGGGAGUCUAAAGGGUUUUUAUAUUGAGGCCCUUGCAUGCCUUCCCCCUCUCCAACAGGGAUAGCCAAUGUCAUGCUUUCCAGAUGUGGUUAGGUUAGAACUCUUAGCAAACUUGACCACUGGUCAUGGCUGAUGGGAGCCCAGCAACUACGGGAUGGAAAGAGCCUGCAGGUAAUCUAGUUUUAACCAUCACCCACAGUUUCAAUAGAAGCAAAGUUCACAGUGCAAUCCUAGACAUGUCUACUAGAAGGAAGCCCCAAUGGGACUUGCUCCUAGGUAAGUGUGCAUAGGAUUUGAGCCUUGGAUUGGUACCCUAAAAGAGAGAUCCCAUAAUCAAGUGAGAAAUGAAAUAAAGUGGCAUAGAUUUGGGCAAGGGAACAAAGUUUCCACAGAUGUUUAGAGUACACACUGUAGGGUGUUUGUGUGUGACUUUUUAAAACAAAGAUGCACCCAGGGCCUUAAACUGCAACUGGUUUUGUGAUGACAGGAUUGUGCGUAAAUGUUGAUGCCUCCCUCUCAUUGAAAGUGAGGGUGUUAAAAUACUUUUGGCAAGCCUAUGUGCCCUUUCCUGUGACUAAGCCCCAUUGAACACAGUGGGGCCACUGAAUCAACAUGCCUAGGACUGCAAUGCACGGUUGCAGUCCCUCUCCACAAUUAGUUAGUUACCUGUGCGAAUAAUCCUGCAGAUCUGCUUCUGCAGUGUUCCCUGUACACUAAUGCUGCCCUCUGCAAUACUUAGCACUGACCUUUUUCUGUUGAGUGUCAGGAGUUGGGAGCUGGUGACUUGUCUGCUUUUCUGGAGGCCAGAUCCAUUCUCGAAAGAAAAAUAUGUACUGUAGUACUUGAUGCACAUUGCUCCAAGUGGGAGAACUUCCACGAUUUCUGCUGGUUAGUCCUCUGCCUUCGGUUAGCCUACUAUGCUUAAGGGGUUUGUGGACCUAUGCAGCUUUGAUCUCCUGCAUAUUACCCAGCCGUUGUACAACUACAGUACUAGCACUGUGUGUUGCUAUAUUCUUCUCUGCCUCCACAAGAAUACUCUACAGGGAGGCAGAGGGAGGUGAGUACAUUUCAGACAAUAGCUGUUCAUUAUUUAUAGUUCCACGUUGACAAAGCUGUAAAUAGAUUGGGGCUGAGUUUGCUCAAAAGUCAAACCCAAUGUAUACAAACCUGAUUUGGUUACAUUUAUAAGGCUGGGAAAUGUAUCCCAACACUAGAGGGAAAGCUUAUUCAUUUGUUUCCCUGUCAAAUCCUUAUUACGGUUUGUUUAGCAUUACACUUUGGUGCGGACAAGGAAGCCGGGAACGUAAAGAUAAUAAAAUAUUCUGCAAUCCAGUGUCCCAUACAUUCCAAAUGUAUUCAGUACCAACCUGCAUAUUUUGUAGGGAUAAAAUCUAUUGUGCAUGA